AAUUAUAAUAAUAAGAAAAAAAAACAAAAACAAAAAAAAAAGCAAGAAAAAAAACAAAAUGGGAAAUUGUUGUAGUAAUAUGCCUGAUUAAAAAGACUAAAUAUAAGACGACUCAAGAAACCCCAAAAAUCCAUUUGAAGACCAUAACCAAGAAGAGCAAUUUUAAAUCGAAAAAAAUCAAUCUUACAAUAAAAAUUUCAAAAACCACGAAUCAUUAACAAACGCCUAAACAAUAAAAGAAGUUCUAACAAACGAAAAACGUUAAUCUAAUUCAACAAUAAAUGAGAAUUUACAAAAACCCAACAAUAUAUAUAAUAUAAAUCACACUUAAGAAAAUACACAUCAACCUUAAUCUAAUAUUGCAUGGCCUAUUACAUAAAUCCCCGACUAUUUAAAUGAAAAAGUUAAAAAAUCAUUACAAGAUAUAGGUAAUUUUGACUAUGACGAAGAUGAAUUUGGAGAUAAUGAUUUACCCAAUUUUGGCCCUUAUUAAUUCGAGAACGGAUCUGUAUAUGUAGGAUAAUGGAAAAACGGCUAAAGGCAUGGCAGAGGUGUAUAAUAUUGGUCCGAUGGUUCUGUAUAUGAGGGUUAUUGGAGGAAUAAUAUGGCACAAGGAAAAGGUAGACUAAUACAUAGUGAUGGCGAUAUAUUUAUUGGUCGAUGGAUAGAAGAUAAAGCGAACGGAAAAGGAAAAUAUCUACACAUGGAUGGUGCUGUAUACGAAGGUGACUGGCAUAAUGAUAAAUAACACGGAAAGGGGGUUGAAGAAUGGCCUGAUGGGGCUCGAUAUGAGGGAGAUUAUGUAGAUGGUAAAAAACAUGGACAAGGAAAAUUCCAUUGGUCUGACGGGUCGACUUAUGUAGGGGAAUUUAAUAAGAAUAAUAUACAUGGAAUAGGAUGCUAUGAUUGGUCAGAUGGGAGAAAGUAUGACGGAGAUUGGGUCAGUAAUAAAAUGGAAGGAAAAGGAGUUUUUACAUGGUCAGAUGGGAGAAGAUAUGAAGGUGAAUAUAAAGAUGAUAAAAAACAUGGUUAUGGUGUAUUUUAAUGGCCAGAUGGAAGAGUUUAUAAAGGUUAAUGGGCAAAUGGAAGAUAACACGGAAUUGGAGUGUAUAUUGGGUCUUAAGGAGCUGAAAAAGAAGGAGAAUGGAAUGAUGGAAAAAGAAUUAGAUG